UAGGGUUGUUUCCAAUUUUUUGAAACGUUUGUAUUACGUUCUAUAUUAACUAAAAGUUGCCCUAAAAUUCAACUUUUAUACUAAAAACGGCUUUAAAUAUGUUAAAUUAACAAAAUAUAUUUUGACAGAUGCUUUCGCGCCUAAAACACUCUUUCAAAAUUGUGUGACGUCACAGUUUACGGUUUGACACAUAACUACAUACACACGUAGAAGAUACGAACUGUCAACUGACAUUUGUCAUUUGUUGUUUAUCGCCUAACUGUCAACAGUGUCAAUCCAAGAGUUGUGACGUCAUUAGAAUCUUCAAUGACGUUUCGAGUUUGGUCACGUGACGUGUGCGAAAAGAUAUUUUAAAUUCAAUAUUUACAAAAAUAUGGUCAUUACAGGUCCCCUAAAAGUAUUUUAACAUGUUGUUAUAAUCCAAAAGAAUUUAUUGGGAUACAAUUCUGCCCUAAGAUUUGUAGAUGGAAACAACCCUAUUGACAUAUCUAUCCAAUGUGUAUUGCGUCUCACUCACUCAUUAAGCAAAAUAUGAGAUGCAAUGCAAAUAAACAUUGCACCAUUAAAUUGGACAGGUGGGAUACCAUCCUAAUACACCUGCAUGAAAUGACCAAUUGCAUUUGAACAUGGCAACAUUACCCAAUAGAUGCGUUCCACUUGUUCCACUUAUAAAAACUAUAUCUUUUAUUUUAUUAGCAAAUAUUAUCUCCUAAAUUUCUUUACAUUUGUUAAAAGUUUUCUGAACAAAUAAAUUAGUUAAAAGUUUUUGCAAGUGAUUAAUUUACUUGUUUAAUUUUAUCUUUUUUGUUUUUAUGUGUAAUAGGAACACACUUUAUGUGGAGUUGCCGGUUGAAAAUAAUAGUAUCCAUUUUACGUACAUGCUUUUGAUUUAAGAUAAAAAGAAUUAAUUCAUACGGGAAAAAAGAAAGUAUUAUACAAUUAUGAAGUAAUGCUUAAAUUUUAUUGAUUAUUUAUACAAUUAGUUUCCAGUUUGAAAUAGUAAUCAAUAAUAAAAGCAACAUAAAUAUUUUUAUGUAUUUCACUCGAAAUAUCUGCGUUAUACGAAACGUGAACCUUGAUGGCCGCUAGAAACUUUGAUAGAAAAAAAAACAAUUUCACUAUCUUCACUUGUUUAUUAGUGGUUAUACUCUUUAAUGUAAGCAUUUUGUUUGAGAGGGGAUUUCACGGACAGUGGAAGUUCAAUCGCUUAAAUUUCGUAGAGGAAUUGUAAUCAAUAAAACUGGAGGUCUUGCAAAAACCGGAGGGCGGCGACAUGUCGGUCGUAGCGCGACGGGACUCCGGAGACUAUUCAGAUUCCCAGGACAUCGAGCGUAACUCGACAAACGAUGGGCCGGAGUCCGACUACGACUCUGCGGCCAGCGACUCCGAGCACUCAGACCAGGACCCCGAGAGUCAGGAGACCGAGAGGCGAGUAGAUGAUGAUGAAGAUAGGAGUAACCCUCAGUACAUUCCUAAACGAGGCACAUUCUAUGAACAUGAUGACCGCACUGCAGCCAGCGGAGAGGAGCCAGCCAACACGACGUCGGAAACCUCGUCGGAGAAGAAGGAGGGCUCCCCGGCCGCCGAGCGGCGCCGCGCGCGCAAGUCCGAGGUCAUCGACCGCUGGGCGCACGACAAGUACAACGAGAACGAGCAGGCGCCGAAGUCGCGCGACGAGCUGGUGGCGGUGUACGGCUACGACAUCCGCAACGAGGACGCGCCGCCGCACGCGCGCCGCAACCGCCGAUACGGGCGCGGGCCCAACAAGUACACGCGCACGUGGGAGGACGAGGAGGCGUACCGGCGCGCGCAGGCCGCGCCGCCGCGCAAGCCGCCCAACCCGGAGGACUUCCCCGACCUCGACACCGCGCACAAGCACAGCAGGCGCGCCCGCGGGCCGCGGCCGCGCUCCCGCUCGCAGCCCGCGUCCAGCGAGUCGCUGUCCGCGCCCGCCCCCGCCUCCGCUCCCGCCCCCGCCUCCGCGCUGCGCCGCCACGCCUCCGCCAAGGCCAAGCCCAAGCCCGCCGUCACCCCCGCCGCCGCCAAGCCCAACGCCAACACCAACACCAACGCCAACGCCAAGCCCAACAAGGAAACGCUGCCCAAGCUGGAGAAUCUCACUAUCACCACGACUCUUCUCAAUAACAACAGCAGUCAGGCGACGCGCAAGGUGAACGCCGUGGCGCAGCAGCGGCCCGUGCCCACCGACCAGGGCAAGAAGAAGGCGCCGCCGCAGCCGGCGGCGCCGCAGCCCGCGCCGGCGCCCGCGCAGCCCGCGCAGCCCGCGCCGCCCGCGCAGCCGCCCGCAGGCGCGGAGCCGCGCGGCAGUAAGCGGUACAGUAGCCUACGGCAGCGCCCGCUCGCGGAGACGUACUCGCCGCAACAACAGGGACAACAACAACAGCAACAACAACAACAACAACAACAACAACAACAACAACCUCAACAGCAGCCGCAGAUGCGGUAUCAUCCAGCCGAGUACGCGGGCAGCGCGCCGCCGCCGCGCGCGCCGCAGCUCCUGCACCCGGUGCGGCACGUGGGGCUGGCGGAGGCGCCGCUGCUGCCGCACGCGCACCGCAACGUGCACGGCCUGCCGCCGCAGCCGCACUCCAUGGCGGCGGCGCCCAUCCAGCAGGCGCCGGGCUACGCGCCGCCCGCCCUGCUGCCCGCGCAGUACAUGCAGCAAGGCGGCAACGGCGCGGUGUUCGGUGGCGCGGCGCUGUACGCAGCGCCGCCGCCGCAGCCCUACCCGCACCAGCUGUUCCAGCACCACAACUACGCGACAUCUGCAGGCGGCGUGACGUACUACAACGCGGUGGAGCAGGAGCCGCCCGCCGCCGCGCCGCGCGCGCCGCGCCGCCCCACCGCCGCCAUCCCCAUCGUGCCGCCGCAACCGCAGCCGCAGCGUGUCGACAGGCCCGCGAAUUCGUCAGAAAAGGACAACAUAGAUAGGAUCGUCGAGAACAUGUUCGUGCGGAAACCCUGGCCCGGCGCGCAGCCCAGCCUAGAUGGCACAGAAGACCCCGAAAUCCGUAGUCAGAAAGCGGGUGACGGUCGCAAAGAGUCGUCGCAGCCCAGCAGCCUUACCUCCAGCUCCCUCUCCACCGAUUCCAAGGACAAGCCCGAGGAGCACGCCGACGACAACAAGCCAGAGGUACGUACAGUCGGCAACGGUCGUAGCGGACGAACAAAGAGUCGUCGCGGCCCAGCAGCCUUACCUCCAGCUCCCUCUCCACCGCCUCCAAGGACAAGCCCGAGGAGCACGCCGACGACAACAAGCCAGAGGUACGUACAGUCGGCAACGGUCGUAGCGGACGAACAAAGAGUCGUCGCGGCCCAGCAGCCUUACCUCCAGCUCCCUCUCCACCGACUCCAAGGACAAGCCCGAGGAGCACGCCGACGACAACAAGCCAGAGGUACGUACAGUCGGCAACGGUCGUAGCGGACGAACAAAGAGUCGUCGCGGCCCAGCAGCCUUACCUCCAGCUCCCUCUCCACCGCCUCCAAGGACAAGCCCGAGGAGCACGCCGACGACAACAAGCCAGAGGUACGUACAGUCGGCAACGGUCGUAGCGGACGAACAAAGAGUCGUCGCGGCCCAGCAGCCUUACCUCCAGCUCCCUCUCCACCGCCUCCAAGGACAAGCCCGAGGAGCACGCCGACGACAACAAGCCAGAGGUACGUACAGUCGGCAACGGUCGUAGCGGACGAACAAAGAGUCGUCGCGGCCCAGCAGCCUUACCUCCAGCUCCCUCUCCACCGCCUCCAAGGACAAGCCCGAGGAGCACGCCGACGACAACAAGCCAGAGGUACGUACAGUCGGCAACGGUCGUAGCGGACGAACAAAGAGUCGUCGCGGCCCAGCAGCCUUACCUCCAGCUCCCUCUCCACCGCCUCCAAGGACAAGCCCGAGGAGCACGCCGACGACAACAAGCCAGAGGUACGUACAGUCGGCAACGGUCGUAGCGGACGAACAAAGAGUCGUCGCGGCCCAGCAGCCUUACCUCCAGCUCCCUCUCCACCGACUCCAAGGACAAGCCCGAGGAGCACGCCGACGACAACAAGCCAGAGGUACGUACAGUCGGCAACGGUCGUAGCGGACGAACAAAGAGUCGUCGCGGCCCAGCAGCCUUACCUCCAGCUCCCUCUCCACCGCCUCCAAGGACAAGCCCGAGGAGCACGCCGACGACAACAAGCCAGAGGUGAAGGAGACGUCAGAAAGUAUAGACGCCUGACUGGUGCGGGUCGAGCUCUGCGAGUGCUACCAAACGAAAUAUUACAACGGGAGGUGAACCGCUCGGACGGCCAUACUCGGCUUAUCUACUCACUCUGACGACGACGAGGCCUACAGCCGUUUAAACUUAGCUGUUCGGAGGGCCUACCGCGAACCACGUUCGACGUGUUGCCUCUCUGUCGCACUUGUAAAUUCGUACGUAAGUGUGACAGGGAGGCAACACGUCAAACGUGGAUCGCGGUAGGCUCUAUGGCUUCCAGUCUAUGAACAAAAUUGUCUCAUUGAAUGUUUAAAUACGAUACAUAUUCGUGCCUAAGCAUACGAGGGGUUAAAUAGCCGUAUUGUGAUGAUCAGUCUAAGAGUGUGGCCACACUGAUGCGUUGCGUUUGCGUCGCGUCGUCGCAACGCAUCAAUGUGGCAUGUCAUAAAAAAUAUAUGUAAAACGACGCAGCGUUGACGCUGCGACGACGCUUGAGACGAAACAACGCGACGCAACGCACCAGUGUGGCCUCACUCUUACGCAAUUAUUGUCCGAGCGUCAGAAAUUGUCUUGCUAGUUUUUUGAGCUUUAAGUUUUCUCUAAAUUUAAACCUGUAUCGAUUUGACGUUUUUAUCAGACUUCUGUCAUAUCAUGUGCACAUAAUGGCCUAAAAAUGUUAUCUAUAUUAUGUUGAUAAGAAACUGGUUAUAUGCACCAAAUGUUUUGUUGGUUUAUGACAUAAAUAUCAAAUCGGCUAUGUUUGACUUCCGGGUGUGAAUAGGAAUUGUGUAUUUCGCCGGCUGAGAAUACGUUUGUGCCGUGUCCAUUUUUGGGAAAAAUAGUUUUUUUAUGAUUAUAAAAUGACAAAAAUAUUGAAUAGUAAUGUUUAAAAAAAUAUAUUUUUUUCAAAAAUGUUGUGCCAUAUCCAAAUUUUUUGUCAUAUCAUUGUACGUUUAACAUUUACUCAUUAAAAACGGAUAUGGCAUUGAUAAAAAUCCUUUUAUUGCUCGAUGUAAAAAACAUUUGUAUGGUACAGUCACGUCUGAAAACAUCGACACAAUCGAAGUGCUAAAAAUAUGUAUACACCACUUUAUGGCCCAUAUAUUAGGGUAGUGUAUACAUAUUUUUGGCACUUUGUCCGUACCGAUAUUUUCAGACAUGACCGUACUAUAAAUAGUAAACCUAUGUGCCGAAAUGAAAAAUAAGUUCAAUAUUUCCUACAUAUAGAACUUUUCGAAAAAAUCGGACAGACAGACGGACAUGACGAAUCUAUAAGGGUUCCGUUUUUUGCCAUUUGGCUACGGAACCCUAAGAAGUAAGUGGCGUAUGGCACAAGAGUAUUCUAGAAGAUUUGCUUUUAAUCUGACAUGUGUCAUAUAGACUGUAGUUUCAAGUUGGCCCAGAAAUAAGCUUAGUAUGGCCGUCUAGUGUUAGCUGUUAGGUCUAGAAUUUUCAAAUUGCUAUUUGGCUGUGUUCCCGUCUAAAUGCGAUGACGUAUUUAUGUUUAUUAUUAAUUUUCUUUUUUAGUUUUUUUUUUUUCAUCACUUUAAUGACCUAUCUAUACUUGGUUUAUUUUGUUACUGUUUUUAAAUAUUCAUUGUAUAGUACAUUACGAUACAAGUGCGAAAAAUAGGAAAUUCGAAACGAGUGGCGAUAAAUUAAAACACGACCGAAGGGAGUGUUUUAAAUCGACACGAGUUGCGAAUUACCUAUUCGCACAUGUGUCGUACAACGUUUUACAGUACAUAUGGCCCUUUAAAUGUUCGACACAGUAACGUAAUAUGCUACUUCUCGCACUAGUGCUAUAAAGUAGCCCCAUAUGUACUGUAAAAUAUGUUUUAGCGUUGUAAUGCGAAGUCCCACAUUCAAACCUACCUUUGCAAAUAUACAAGACUGUAUAAUUAAAAAUAAUAAUUGGAAAUCCAUUUUUUUUAGGUACAGUACGGACCAAGUGCCAAAAAUAUGUAUACUCGACCUUAUUGCCUAUACAAGGUGGACAAAAAAUAUGUGCAUUCCCGUUGCCGGGGAGGUUUUGGGAUUAUACUGAGCAACUUACUAUGGGACCAACCCCGCAAUAGCGAAAAAAAAUUUUUGACUCACACAUUUCAGCUGGGCCAUUUUCUGUGGGAGGGUAAUUUUUUUUCCCGAUUUCGGACUUGGUGCCAUAGUAAAAGUUGCUCAAUAUAAUCCCAAAACCUCCCUGCCAACGAGAAUGCAUAUAUUUUUUUGGCCACCUUGUAUAUAAAGGUAGUGUGUACAAUCACGUCUGAAAAUAUCGAUGUAAAAAAUGUGCCAAAAAUAUGUAUACACUAUCUUAAUAUAUGGGCAAUAAAGCCGUGUAUACAUAUUUUUGGCACUUUUUUCGUAUCAAUAUUUUCAUCGCGAGGAAACCUGCACACAUCUGCGAAGAAAUUCAAAGGUGUAUGUGAAGUCCCCAAUCCGCGUUGGGCUAGCGUGGGGACUAUAGCCCGAGCCCUCUCGCGCAUGAGAGGAGGCCUGUGCCCAGCAGUGGGACGUCUAUAGGCUGAAUUAUUAUUAUUAUUAUUUUCAGACGUGACCGUACACACAUUUUUGUCACUUUGUCACCACCAUUAUUUAUGAUUGAUAAGUGAUAUUAUACUACUAAGUAUCGCCUUAAAUCCUUAAAUAUAGCAAGAUGCAGGUAUCAGUGUGAAAUACUUACCCCCUUAUUCAUGAAACAUUACGGGCCUGAUUUAGUUAAAUUAUGUUUUAUCCCUUUCUUACUAAUACAUUAGUCAAAAUGACAGAUAAAGACAAACGAUUCCCAGCUAAUUCAGGCCAGUAACGCGUUUAUGAAUAACGCCAUUAUUGUUUCGUAAUGCCGUCUCUACUAGCGAGCUGCGCGGCUGCCGCGGGUUGGCAUUCGACAUUUACAUCGAUCGAUCGCAUUUUCUAUCGCACCAAUGCGUCAGUGCGAGCGAGAUGGACUGCGGUCAAGUUUACGCAGCCGCUAACGUAAAACUUUGAGUGUUAACUCAUGGUACGGCUACUUGUUUCUUCUAGUUAGAACUGUUAAAACGAGUAACUCUUGCAAAAUUAUUAAUUAGAUGUUAAAAAUAUCUCUAAUGAAACGGUCCCAUGCAGACAGAAUUUCCUAAAAACUAUGUCCAAAUGUAUGAAACUUAAAUCUAGAUGUAAUAUAGAUCUUUUUCAUUGUAAUAGUGGAAUACGAUUUAAAGGGCUAUUUAAAAAAGUAUACACAAAAACAACAUUAUGAAACUGGUCAAUAAAUAUAGUCAUCAAUUUUUCCUUUAAAUAUAAGAAAGUCAGUUUCGUCGUGUCGUUUUUGUAAUAUUUUUCACACAAAACUCGCAACGCAGCUUCGAACACAUCCAUAUAAGAUCCACGACACGAUUAGAAGUAGAUUUUAAUGAAAUAAUGUUGAAUUUCGAAAUUUUAGAAAAGACUGAAGUUUAAUUAAAAUCAAGUACUUUAUAGACUAGAGCACAAGUUGUAAUAAUGUUGAACUCGAAAUUCUUGCUUCAAUACGGAAAAUGCUCUACUGGAACUGCUAUUAUAAUGUUCUCGUAAGUGCGAGUCAAAUGACGAUUUAAGAAGCAAAGUAAAGCAUUCUACUUAUUGUCGUACUUUUGUAUAUCAUUUUUUUCUAACCAAUAAACAUUGUCAAUAUAAGAAAAGUUAUGAUAACGACUCGCAACUAGUUAAAACCAAUAAAAUUGGAAUACUAAUGUUGUUUAGUAGCCAUCGAUUGAUAAUUGAAAUUGUGUUCAUAACUUUGAUUGCGCUGUACUCAUUAGAAUCUAUCGUUUACUCGAUUAUACCUCAUUGUUGUGACGUAAUUAUGUAUGUUAACCAUUAUUCCUUUGAACAUAUACCAUAACGAACCCUUCUCUAAAGGAAAGCCACACAUAUCAGUAUACCCAGUGAACUAUAGUAUUUUUAAAACAGCAUGGGUGCAGUGAAAGAUGUCUUUUUAGGACAAUUUUGAAAGAUUUUGCGUUUUAAGGUUAUGAAAAAUUGUAUGCAUGUCACAUCUGUCACCGUACCCAUGCUGUUUGAAAAAUACUACAAAUGACGAAGCAAAGAGUCAUAUGUAUGUAUGUAUGUCACUUUAUUGCACAUAAACAGGUUCACAUAAAAAAAAAGAUGUACAAAGGCGAGCUUAUCUCUAAAAGGGAUUUCUUCCAGCUAACCUUAUCGUACCUUAGCGUAUCGUAUGUUAUGCAGGAGUUGGCGAUAACCUUGAGAUUGUCUUGUCAUGUAUUGGGUUGUGUGGCGCCAUCUGGCUCAGGUGUCAAAACCGCUUGUAUGGCUUUCAUACAGACAUACACUCUUCACUUGCACGUGGGUAUAUUAUAAUUGAUUUGUCUCCGGUACAAGCUCCGACACGCUAGGCUAACGGCUUAAGCCAGCGCCGCGGUGUAGUAUUGAUUCGUUUUCAUUUACUCCAAAUUAUAAAAAGACGCAUUCGAACAACAUAACUUCGUCCACAAAUAACGCCAGUGAGUAAUAGUAAUAAGUAUUAAAGCAAGUGUAAAUAUCCGUAUGAAACGUCGCUCCAUCGCUGCGUCGAUCUAUAGUUCGAUUUUUUUUAGCACUAGUAAAAGGUAAACAAUCUACACAUGUCUUUUUAUUGAGAAACGCUUAAAAAACAGUAACUUUAAGGGCGGCCGAUGGAUGCAAUAUGGUGACGAAAGCAUAAGAUGGAUAAGACUUAAUAAGUUUCGAGUUAUAUUUAUGUAUAAAAAUAUAUGCAUUUUUUGUUAUUAUAUCAGUAAGUUCCAAAUAAUGAUGAAGUAUCACUUUACGAAUACGCACCUCUUACAUCUGUAGAUGUAGAGAGGUCAUUUCCCCUGUAUAAGUGUAUAGUGAACUAUAAAAGGAAUUGUCUGAAAAUAUCGAAUAAAGAAAAAAUAUGAUUAAUUAUUUCAAGAAUAAAACACUAUAACUUUUUUGAAAUUAUGUUGUCUUUAUUUAAAUCGAUUGUAGUCGUAUUCAUAUUACGUAUAUCGUUCAACAUUAUUUUGACGUAAUUUGCAUCCGUCAGCCGCCCAUUUAUUACUUAUGAAAACAAAAGAAUGUAAAAGAUCGUAUAUAAUUUAUAAUUGGUGUUAUGCAGUGAAUUAUUUUUCUAGUGUUUUUCAAAAAAGGACACGUUAAAAUCACCUUUCUAAUGCUAAAAAAAAUUGACUAUACCAUAUAUUAACGAUAAUCGAUCAUAGAUCGGUUGAUUUAAAAUGUUUUAUUAAUAAAUCGCUCGACGACGAUGGAUAGAUAAAACAUUGACCUUAAACAUGCGAUUUAUACUUAACUCGCAGAAUUAUGUAGACAUGCAAUUCGGUUUUUAUGUAAAUACGGCCAGUCUAAAGGAAGGGUUAUGACUUUAGCACUCUAUUGUACGCUUGUAAGCUUAUCUCUUGUGUUUCAGCUAAAGAACAUUGAUGAUAAUAGAGAGGUAAAGUCUAAGAAAAAUACGUGCCCUUAGUUUGACAUCGAAAACAGAUGGCGCUGUACUGCGCCAUAUGUUGCGCGGUCACUAAAUUGUUAAACAUCAACUUUUGAGAAUCAAUUAAUGUAUGGAUCUGUGCAGCGUCAUCUCGUUUACCUGUCUUUUUUUUCGCACAAAAUUUUCUUAGUUCUUCACAUCAUUCUCAAUAGGGAGCGUGCAUGAACUGUAGGAGGCAGCACAGGAGCCGUCAGAUUUUUGGCGCGAGGCGUAAAUGUGAUGUUCAUUGCUCCGAUGUAGCCCACAAGAUGGCAGGACCUACUAUGCACAAGAAAACACGUGACGUGUGAAUGUACAUGUUUAUUGUUCCGAUUCAGGCCACAAGAUGGCAGACCCUCCAACGCGCACGGUCCCUAUCAAUGUUCCUUUGGUUUCCGCGUAUAAGUCGAAACGGUUGAGCCGAUUUUCACAAGAAACCGGAUUACAUUGCCAUUUGUCGAAUAGAUUGUUAUACAAUCGUGGAAGAGUUAUCUUUUUUCGUCUAACUUCCACGCAUUGAGUAAGUGUACAGAAAAGUAUAGUAUAACCGAUGUUGUUUAUGACUAGUCUUUUUUUUUAUCGAAACGGCCCCAAGGGAACAUAUAUUUUAAUAAGGCAGUUAUUUUAGCGACUGGCAAUAAUUAGUAAUAUUGUCCUUGGGUUAGUUUCAAAAUUAUAUUUUUCAAUAAAAUGAGAAAAAUUGAAAAAAAAAAGCUUUUGUAAACUAAGGUGGUUAUUUAUUAUAAUAAAUCUUCUAAAACUCGA